UGUCACAAUUUGCAAGAGAAUGGAGUGAGCAUGUGUCCAGCUGCCAGGAUUAAUGUUUCCAAAGUUUGUGAAGAUGUAGAGAGCAUUGAUGUCAAAAUAUCUGCCAACCUUACUCACCUCAUUUGUGACAAUCUUCAGAAUCUCAGUCAUGUUAACAGUACCUUUAUAAUUCAAGCCUUGGAAUUCACCCUGAGGAAAAAAUAUGAGCUUCCACUAAAUAUAGUCAGAGCCCUUCUAAAUCAAGUGAAUGGGGAAGAGCUGAUCAAUGCACUGGAGGAAUUUAACAAAAAGACUGUGAACUCAUCCCUAAUUUCCAAUCAAGCGAAAGCUGCCAUAAUGCGAGCUUUGUGGGAUGAGACGCUAAGAAAUGAAGAGCGCUUCAAUGAGACCACCUUUGUAACGUCCUGGUUCCAGAAAAGACUUCGCCCUUUUAUCUCGGCAAUUUCACCAGAGAUACUCCAGUGUCUUCACAAUGAGACAAUGCAGUGUGAGCAGUACCAGGCGAUUGUUAAAGGAUUAGAUGCAGAAUUUAUGAAGAUGAACCCUCACAUCCAGUAUGAAGUUUUCCACUCGUUCCAACUUCCCUAUUUAAGGGGAUUGAAUGCUAGUGGAUCAGCUUGCACAAAGGAUCUCAACAGCACCUCAUGGCUAUUGGUGAAUUUUGCACGUUUCAGUCAAUAUGCCAAGUAUGAAGAGUUUCUUUCUCUGAAUUCCAGGUUCAGUGGUAACAUUCUUCCAAACAGCACCAAGACAGCUCUUUUGGCCGGAGUGUGGCCCAGCGUGGUUUCUAGCAGCAAAGAGACAGAGGUGUCCUUGUGGCUUGAUAGCCGCUUGGCUCAUUCCUUCAUGUUUCUUAAUGGUGAUAUAUUGAAUGCUAGUGAGACCUUGAACACCAGCUGUGAGACAUUCCAAAAAAUAGUGAACAAACUGAAUGAAAAUAUUGUGAUGUUCAAAGACAAGGAAGAAAAAAUGUACUUUUCCAUCAAAGCUUAUUUGACUGCAAGCAAAAGCAGACCCCGAUGCUACAAUGCCAGCAAUCCAGAGAAGUCCAAUUGGCUUGCGAUGUAUCUUGGGAACUACAUCCGUUACAGCAGUGCCAGAGAUAUGCGUUUACUCACAAACAACAGUGCUGCCAUAUUUCAAGAUCUUGCUUUUAACCGAGACAACCUGGAGCUGAUCAACAGAAAUAAAAUCCGUAAGGAUUUGGCAGAAAUGUAUGCUACAGCAUUAUUUACCCUUGACUCAGAUUUCAAUCUUGACAGCCUUCCAGAUCAACUCAUUUGUUUUGCGCAACAUUCAACCUUGAUCUCCAGUCUGAGCCCAGCAGAGGCCUUGAGCUUCAUUGCCCGGGUCAAUCACCAUUGCAGCUCUUCCAAACCGUCUGCUUCUGACCGUCAGCUUGCUUAUAUGCUUGUGGCUCAAGUCAAGACAUUUGAUAAACAGACCUUAAUAGCUUUGGGGCAACAAGCAGUGGGACUCACCACUGGUCAGAUGUCAGAUCUAACAGCAGAAGACCUGACAGAUCACAAGGUUCUGGAAUCACUCGGGCAAGUCAAGGGCUGGAACAGAGGACAAUUCCAGAUUCUGGUAAACAAGAUUCUCCUCAAUUACAAGGUAAAUCUUGUGACUUCCCAUUUCUGA